AUGCCAGACGAGUACAAGACAGGAAAAACUACGAACAUAGGAGAAGAUGGGCAAACAGGUGGGCAAAGGGAAUUAAUCUUACAGAUUCAGCCGGGGAAGAAAAUGAAGACAUCUUUGCCUGGGAGGAUCGUAUUGGGCGGGAAUAGCAUACCAUCAUUAGGAUUAUAUAUUAUUAAAAGACUAAACACCAGACCAAAACAAGCAACCAAUGAGGGUAAGGAGGAUCUAACAAUAAUACUAAUAUAUAUACACCAGGAAAAUGAAGAACCCAAAAUCCCAGGAGAACUGGGAUGA